CCCUCAAGGUAAGUGCACGUCCAUCUCAGGCUCAAGACCGUUCCCGCUGGAUCCUGCUGCUCUCGUGCUUCCCCUUGGAUAUGAUUUUGCUCGCGUUUGGACGGACUUCGACGGUGGAUUGGUCUUGGGGCGGACAGAUGGACUUGGACAGGAUCAGGCGCUGACGACUUUGCGUGCCGUAGAAAAUGCCGACGCGGUUCUCCAACACUCGCAAGCACCGUGGCCACGUCUCGGCCGGUCACGGUCGUGUAGGAAAGCACCGCAAGCACCCCGGAGGUCGCGGUCUCGCUGGUGGCCAGCACCACCACAGGACGAACUUCGACAAGUACCACCCCGGUUACUUCGGUAAGGUUGGUAUGCGCCGCUUCCACCUCACUCGCAACCUCCAAUGGCGCCCAAUCAUCAAUGUCGACAAGCUCUGGACGCUUGUGCCCGCAGAGGAGAAGGAGGGUCUCACUGAGAGCUCGGAGGUCGUCCCUGUGAUCGACACCCUCCAGCACGGCUAUGCUAAGGUUCUGGGUAACGGCCAGCUGCCCAAGCUUCCCUUCAUCCUAAAAGCCCGCUUCGUCUCGCGGAAGGCUGAGGCAAAGAUUAAGGAGGCGGGUGGUGUUGUCAAGCUCAUCGCGUAGUUAUGUAUUUUGCUGCUGUCUUUUUACACUCCCCACGACUAGCUCUCCCAUGCAUAUGAUAUGACACUGCAAGGCAUUCUAUGCAAUUCAUGCUGUAUAAAAGC